AUGAGAUUUCUGCUCUGUCUCCUUAUCCAUCUCCUUCACAUACCCACCAAGGCAUUCCCCUCUCCUCAACUAAGAAAUCACCACUCCUUCAAUUGGGACACCACUGAUUCUCUAAUUGCCUUCGGGGACUCCUACACUUAUGUUCAAGGCACUCUCGGCCACGUCAAUUCAACAUUCAUCGGCGACCUGCAAAAUCUUGUCUUCACAUCCUCCCAACUUCUCUCCGACCUCAUUGUCCAGAACCAAAUUGGCACUGCCGAAGGCGGCCCAAAUUGGGUGCAAUAUCUCACGCAAUGCGGCUUAAAACCAGGACUGACAAAACUGAAGGAAUGUAAGGUGCAGCUUUGGGAUUUUGCGUUUGGGGGUGCGGAUGUUAGUGAGGAGUUUACACCACUUCACCACAACUACACGGUGAGUCUCGAAAAGCAAGUCGAGCAAUUUCUAGACUACGGUGACCCCGUACUAUCCACCUUUCUCGAUAAAUCAAAAGCACUAGUGACUAGCUGGAUCGGCAUCAACGAUAUCGGCGACAGUGCCAAGUACAAUGUCUCGUUCCCAGGCUUUUACGACAAACUCCAAGCGCGACAUUUCGAGUUCAUUGACAGCAUUUACGCAAGAGGCUACAAAAACUUCCUACUCAUGAACCUCCCGCCCUUAAACCGUCGUCCCGGACUGGUCUUCUCCCCCAACCCCUCCGUCAACGCGACAAUGAUUCAGUGGUGGAACUCAGCGUUGCAGAGUCAUGCCACCGCAUUCUCUAAUUCACAUAGCGAUGUAGAGGUCAUGGUAUUCGACGUCAACAAGGUAUUAAAUGGAGUUCUGGACGAGGCUGAGAAAUGGGGAUUCAAAAAUACGACAGGAUAUUGUACCGCGUACAAUCAACCGGAUAUUUUAACAGACCCGGGAAAGUAUGGGUGUUUGCCGCAGAAGGAGUACUUUUGGUUUAAUACGGGACAUUUGACGUGGAGGACGCACGAAGUGCUUACGGGGUUUUUGAGGGAAUUUUUAGAGGGUAGAGGUAAAUCAGAGAAUUCCUCCGUGCAAGAUAUGGAGUAG